AUGGUAUUUGCUUGUACCCGAUUAACUAGUAUAGUGAAAAUAUUGAAGAAGAGCAAAGAGGUCGUUGAGGAAUCUAAUCCACAGCAACGUGUGCUUCGCCGUCUCUUUCGUUAUUCGUUCUCUGAUUGGAAAUUAAUUCUUUUGGGUAGUUUCUUUCUUUUCAUCGUAUCAUCUGCUGAAGUUUUCGUUCCACUAUUGACUGGUCGUCUCCUAUCAAGCGUGGCAUACAAAGACCCAUAUCCAAAGUUUCGUACUAACCUUCUUCUAUUUGUUGGUGCAUAUUUUAUUGGUAUUCUCUUCGGUGGAUUUCGUCUAUGGGUGUUUUCAGUUUGUGUAGCACGUUUGAGUAUUCGUCUACGUACAAAACUGUUCCAGACUUACCUUCAACAAGAAAUUGGAUUCUUCGACACACAUGAAAGUGGGAAACUACUUUCGCGUCUCAAUCAUGACACAGAAAUCAUGAGUACAACUGUUGCAAAUAAUGUUUCGCAAUGUAUUGGUUCCGUGUUCAAAUUUAUCGGUAUCAUAUUAGUCAUGUUCAAAUUGAAUGCUUAUCUAACAUUGAUCUGUAUUGUUGGCACUCCUGUUAUUCUUGUCGUUAUUAAAUUAAGUGGUAAUACAAGUCGACGUGUGUCGGAAAAAGUGCAAAAUCUGACGGCUGAUUCGUCGGAAGUAUCCGAAGAAGCCAUUCAAAGUAUUCGAACAGUACGCAGUUUUGCAAAUGAAAAUGGUGAAAUCAAACGAUAUACGAGUAUUCUGCAACAAGCCUAUGGAGCACUCGUUGCUCAAGCAGGAUUAGCUUCCGUACAAAAGUGGUUUGUCGAUAUGGGAAGUGUCGGUCUAAGUGCAACAAUAUUAACUUACGGUGCUAAAUUAGUGCGUGAAAAUCGAUUACCUGGCUCUGACAUGUUAUCAUUCAUCAUGUGUCAACUUGCACUCGGCCCUAUUCUCUCAGAUAUUUCACAAAUCUAUUCAUCGUUGAAAACAGCUGCUGGUGCAAGUGAAUCAGUAUUUGAAUAUAUUGACCGAUCUAUAGAACAAAAACCGAGUGGAGAUUAUAAACCAGACGAAUUUCGCGGUGAAAUCGAAUUUCAAGAUGUGACACUGACCUAUCCUGCACGACCCAAUGAAAAAGCCAUUUCGAAUGUUUCAUUCCGAAUCGAGCCCGGCAAAACAUACGCUUUUGUUGGACCAUCUGGCUCUGGUAAAUCGACGUGUCUGAAUCUCUUGGAACGUUUCUAUGAUCCAAAUGAAGGAAAGGUUUUGAUUGAUGGUCAUGAAAUUCAAGAAUAUGAUCAUAAAUAUCUUCAUCAAAAAAUCACUUUGGUAGGUCAAGAACCUAUUCUCUUCAACCGAACAAUCCGUCAAAAUAUUCUCUACGCCAUGGAUGAAAACGAAGACGAGAAUCAAGAGAAGAGUGAAGCUGCAGUCGUGGAACAGGAUGCCAUCGUUGAAUCGGCAGCGAAAGAAGCAGAUGCACAUACCUUCAUCAGUGGUCUCGUCGAUGGUUACAACACACCAUGUGGCCAACGGGGCACUCAACUUUCUGGUGGUCAGAAACAACGCGUCUCAAUUGCUCGUGCGAUUAUCCGUAAACCAAAUAUUCUCCUUCUCGAUGAAGCUACAUCUGCUUUAGAUCCAAUUAGUGAACGUUUGAUUCAAGAAUCAUUAGUUCAAAACAAUCAACAAAAACGUACUGUACUUAUCUCAGCACAUCGUUUGAGCACAUUUGAAAAAUGCGAUCGAAUCUUCGUCAUCUGUAAAGGCAAACUGGUCGAACAAGGUUCGCACGAAGAAUUAAUGGCAAUCGAGAAUGGUGUUUACCAAGAAUUGGUCCGACGACAAUUGACAGAUUUAGGUGAUUCUCAAUUAUAG